GGGGUAGGAGCUGGAUGCGGACUGGCUGUCCCUGGGCCCAGGCCCCACCUCUGGCCGGCCCCCUGCCCAGCCCCUCCACUUGCCUGCAUUUAUCCCUUGCUGCCCAUGCCAGGCCCUGCCUGCCCUGGGUCGGGUAGAAGGAAGAUAGGGCCGGUGGCCGGAGGGGUCCCUGAGAGGCCCCUGAGAGUGGGGGACGGCUGGGGGCUGGGGCACCGAGGGCCCCGAGGUUUGGAGGCGGGGGCUUGUGGGCCUGGGACCAUGGCGCUCUUGAAGCUCUCGGUGCUGGCAUUCAGCUUCGUCUUCGGGGCGGCCGGCCUAACGAUGCUGACCCUUGGGCUGUGGGCCGAGAUGGCUCUGGGAAGGUACCUGGUCCUGUCCGCCCGGGGGGCCCCCAGCGCCCCCUCCCUCCUGCUUGCCGCCGGGGCCGCCGGGCUGCUCUGGGGAGGCCUGGCUGGCGGUGGGGCGGCCAGCGGGCACCGGGGCCUGCUCCGGGCCUCUGCAGCCAUCCAGCUGACCGCCCUGGGAGCCGGCCUGGCCGCCGGCCUCUCGGGACUGGGCUACCGGAACGAGCUGGCCCAGGGCUUCCGGGCGGGCCUGUGGCGGGCCGUGUGGGCUCCCGGGGGCCGGGGGGGAGAUGCCGCGGGCGCCCUGCAGGGGGCCCUGGGGCUGCUGCGGGGGGGCCUUUCGCGGGCGCUGGACUCCCCUUGGGCCCGAAGCCCCCGGGCCCCGGGGAACGGCUCUCUGCCCCCCAGCUGCUGCCAAGACCAGGCUGACUGCCGGGAGGGGGCCAGGGCCGUGGCUUCCGAUGGCUGCUUCUCCAAAGCCAGCGACUUUGUGGCCGACAACAUGGACUUCAUCGUGGUGGCAGCGCUGGGCCUGGGGGCCCUGCAGGUGGUCGGAGUCGUGCUGGCCUGCCUCCUGGCCGCCCGGAUGGCCCCUGGCACCCGGGCCUCUGUGGAGACCCCAAAGAGCCGUUCCCUGGAGCCCCCGAUCCCCGACGUCCCCACUGCCCCCCCGGAGCCCUGAGGCCCCCGCCCCACCCCCAUUCCCCCCUCUCUCUAGGCUGGGCCCUGUCUCCUCAUCCCACCCGGGACAUAGCCCUCACAGCCUCGCCCCUGAGCCUGGUGGGCGCUUCUUCGGCCCCCAAAGAACUGUUCCUUUCCCACCCUGCUCCGGAGGGACAGUAGCUGGGGAUCCUACCGAGCCGGGCCAGCCUGGACCCUGGGAUAUGGAGGCGGCUGCCCCAGCUCUGGCUCCGGGCACCGAUCACUGCGGACACUCAAGAGAAAACCCAGAAUCCUCCAGUCGGUGACUCAGGAAUGGUCCCAGCCCUGGACUCCUGGCCAGAGACCCUGGAAGGACGCUUUCUGGCAUAUCUCAGAUGAACGGGCAGCCGUGUACCCGGGGCUCUCCUCUGGCUGACCCCUUGCCCAGCCCUUCUCUCUGGUUCUCCCCUUUCUCUCCUGUUCCCCCAGCAGCCUGGUGCCCGGCACAGGGGGCAGGGAAGGGGUACCUCAUUACAUAGAUGGGGAAACAGGAUCCAAGGGGCAAGGGUCUUGUUUAAUGUCACAUGGGUGGUUGCUGCCCCCCACCCAACCCCUCUGGCUUGGGAUGACUGGCUGCUCUGGACCUGUGUCACCCACCAGACUUUCCCCUUUACUCUGGGCAGUAUUCUGCCCCCCACUGGAAGCCCUCGUUCCUCAGCCUCCAGGUUUAAGGACCUCCUGAGGGUUGACCUUACUUCAGGAUCUCCUCAAAGCCCAUCUCCUCCUCCAUCUCCAUCUCCUGCCUCAGUCUCCCCAUCUGUAACAUGGGGAUAAUAAUGGCAGCCAUAUUGUAGGGGGAGGCCCACCCUUACUCCCUAUCCUCAUCCUAUGCCGACAGAAGCUGGGGAAGCUGAUGGCCGGAGGUCAGUGACUUCCUCAGUCACAAAAUGAAUUGGAACAGGAAUGAAGUCACAGCUCAGAGCCAGCGAUAUUUAGAGGUCAUGGGGGCAGGGGAGAUGGAGUCCUGCGAUGUGCCCAUUCUGUGGAUGAAAAAGCAAGGUGGAGAGGGUGCAAGGAACUUGUCCACCAGUGUCAGGCCUGGGUCUGGAGCUAAGUCUUUGGGCUUUAAGUCCUCCCUCCACUUCCUGUUUUAGUCAUCAGCGAGUUAGAACGGCUGCAUCUCCAGUGAUGUAGCGGCAGAGGAGAGACUGAGAAUCCCAGUAUCCACCCUGUGAGGAAAGUGCUCCCGGUUCCAGCCCCCGGGACCAAGCAGAACAAGGCCGAGCCCCUUCCCCCAGGCACAGGACCCGGGUUUGAGGGCCCCCGUGAUUAUUUCCUGCUGGGGGACCCUGAGACAAAUCUGUUUCCUCACCUGAAAAACGGGGAUCAUACAUUUGCUGUCCCUCUCUCAGGGCUGGUGAAAGUGUCGCUUAAACUGCAUGAGGACAGGAUGGGAAUAUUCUCCCAGGUGUCCCUCUUCAAGGGUUAAAGGCGGAAGGGAGCUUGCCCUGCCCCCCAGCCCCAGGACCGUUUCCCUGUGGUCUGAAUCUCUGCCAGGACUAUCGGCACUGCUGGCCCAGCUCUGGCGCUUCCAAGGAGGGCAGCUCUCAGCUUGGCUCUUUAUCUGCAAAUUGGGGAUAAUGUUUAUAAUCUCUACCUUGUUAUGAAGCUCAAUGUUAAGGAAAGUGCUUUUUAAACCUUUAAGACUAGAUUAUCAGCCAUGACGAUGAUGUUAUCACCCUACCCUGGAUUAUCAUGGCUCCUGUCCUCAGCUUACCACUGUGCUGGAUGGUAAUCUCCCUGAGGGCAGGGACCCUCUUUUUUCUAGGACCUGGGGGGCUCCUCUUAUUCAAGACAAUCCAUUUAUCAGGAUAGAAUUAGAAAAACCAGAACUCCGGUCAUGUGGUCCAAGUAAUGGCUCAUUCCCCUAAUCCUUUGCAGCCUCAGUUGGGACUCCCCAGGGUGCAGAAGCCAGUGUGGCUCCCUCAAGAACGCCUUUUGGGCAGGGCUAGGAACCUGGUACGCUGUAGCUCCAGGAUUCUUCCUUUGCUGGAGAAUUCAGCAAAGCAAACUGUGUCUGCUGAUAGGAGGUACUUGAUAAAUAUGAUAAAUUAUUAACAAAUAUAAUUAAUAAAUAUAUGAUAAAUCCUUGUUGGGUCCUUUGAUAUCAUCGUGGAUGAGAUGGGGAGACAGGAUCCCGAUCGGUUUAUUGGAAACUGGUUGAAUGGUCACCCUCAAAGAUGAACAGUCUCAGGGUGUUUUGGAGAAGUCUCCCAUGGUGGGCUCCUCCAAUAAUUCCUGCUCCUAAUCUAUUCCUGUCUGGGUCAACAUUUUUAUCAA